AUGCCCCCGAAAUGCCCAACUUGGGAUCCAAUCACGAGCGGUCAGAAGCUUACAGAGGGGAGCAAAUUAUUAUGGAAAGUCGACCAGCUGUUCCAACCGUGGAGAACGACUAGACUAGGCCGGCAGUUGCCAAAGGGGAUAGGCUCGGAGGGUGCUAUCGCAAGGCCGCCACCCACUCUGACACAUACUCAGACGACCCAUGAUGUUAUUUUUUUCGGUGAAGCUAAUAUCGAGGGGUACGAAAACUCAAGAUGGCCGCCAGGUCAUCGUGGGGAAAGACUGGUGGACGGUGCUGUAGGUGGCCCUGUCGCGGCGGACGGGGCGCCUAUCAGAAAACGGGGAUUGGCAGUGGUGGAGACGGCAGCUACCAAACGAAAAACAGACGCUGAAACCGCGACAGGAUUGGACAUCAGACAAACGCCUUGGGAAGGUCGCCAAUCACGAGGGAACAACGAAUCGCAUACGGGCAUGUCAGCAAGCAGCCGUGUUGAGGAAAGUAGUAGGGAGAGGAGAGGAGGGGGAGCCACUGAGGGGCAAAUCUGCUUGACCGAUGGGGGGGUUUUGUUCCUGCUUCGGGCACAUUUGCUGCUGUUAGUCGCCGGCCGGUGCGAUCUGACCGCCAGAUGUUCCUCCAGUCCGGCGAUGCUGCGGCGUGGAUCAUUCCCUCUCGGCACGAAAAAAAGAAAAGUGGAUGGGAUGGCUCAUCAGCCAACAGCAUCAUCGGGUCGGCGAUCCACUUGCUGCGAUGGCUGCAUGCCACGUCGAACAGGAGACUCCGUCCCCAGCCACCGGGACCACCCGAUUGACCUGCCCAUCAAUACUGCUGCUACUUUGGGAGCUAACAAAGUCUCCCCUGACAAAUUCCGAGAGUCCAGAGGUGUGAGUCAGCGAUAUUCAGAAUUUCCGUCUCUCUCCCGAGAUGAAAGGGGGAAGGAAGACGAUGAAAGGAAAGGAUGGGAAGUAUAG